CAACUCUCCACUACUUUCUAAACCCUCUCUUCAUCUUCCUCCUCUGUUUCUGCUGCUCCCAUGGCUACCUCCAAAUCCCUCCUCCUCUUCCUAGCCCUCGUCGCCACCAGCGCGGCCAUUGUUUCCGGUCAUAACAUCACUGACAUUCUCAAGGACUUCCCUGAGUACAGCGAUUUCAGCAGCUACUUACAGCAGACCAGACUAGCCGACGAGAUCAACAGCCGUCAAACCAUCACAGUCCUCGUUGUCUCUAAUGGUGCUCUCUCCCCCGUCGUUGCUAAACAUCCUCUCUCCGUCAUCAAGAACUUCCUUAGCCUCCACAUUGUCUUGGACUACUACGAUCCGGCAAAACUCCACAAGAUCUCCAACGGAACCACUCUUUCCACGACGCUUUACCAGACCACCGGUAACGCGCCUGGAAAUCUAGGUUUCGUCAAUAUAACCGAUCUCCAGGGCGGUAAGGUCAAAUUCGGCUCUGCCGUUCCUGGAUCUAAACUCGAUUCGAGUUACACUAAGUCUGUGAAGCAGAUUCCGUACAACAUUUCGGUUAUUGAGAUUAGUGCGCCAAUCAUUGCUCCGGGGAUUUUGACGGCUCAGGCUCCGUCGGCUUCCGAUGUUAACAUCACUGCUUUGCUCGAGAAAGCUGGAUGUAAAACCUUCGCGUCGAUGCUUGUUUCUAGUGGUGUGAUUAAGACUUAUGAAACGGCGGUUGAGAAAGGACUGACUAUAUUUGCGCCGAACGAUGAGGCGUUUAAGGCCGAUGGAGUUCCAGAUCUGAGUAAACUCACUAAUGCUGAAGUUGUUUCGCUUCUUCUUUACCAUGCUGUCGCUGACUACACUCCUAUCGGAGCCUUGAAGACGACGAAAGAUCCGAUCGACACUCUGGCUACUAGCCGUGCCGGAAAGUUCGACAUUACGACGACUACGGCCGGAGACGCUGUCACUCUCCACACCGGAGUCGGACCUUCGAGAAUCGCUGAUACAGUUCUCGACGCAACUCCGCUCGCUAUUUUCACCGUCGAUAGUCUGUUACUUCCAUCAGAGUUGUUCGGGAAGUCUCCUUCUCCAGCACCAGCGCCAGAGCCAGUGAGUUCGCCUACACCGACACCGUCUCUGGCUCCGAGUCCAGCCCCUACCGCGAAAGCUCCGUCUCCACUCGCCGCUUCGCCGCCUGCUCCUCCGGCCGACACUCCAGAAGGUUCACCGGCCAAUGCACCAACUGCCGAGGCGCAGACCAGUACUCCAGGAAGCUCCGCCGUUCACGUGAAAGCUUCUGUAGUCAUUGUCGUUGCCGCCAUUGCUACCACUGUGAUUUCCUCUCUUUCCUUGUCCUAAAUCGUAAUUUCCACUCUAUCUGCAGUCUUUUAUUUUAUUUUUGCACUUUUUCUUUUUAAUUCGUACUUUUUUUAUUUUAUAUAAUUUUAUUUUUGAAAUUGUUAGUAUUCUCUGAAUACGCCUUUGUAGUUAGUGAGUGACAGUGCGUGUAUGUAGUGGUGGGCCCCGCUGGCUGCUGCUGUUUCCUUUGGAGAAUGAGCUGUUAAUUUUCUAAUUUUUAAAAAAAUAUUUCAGUUAUUUUAUUU